ACCGUGCGGCCAAAGCAUCCCAGAGGGCAGCAGAUGUGGUGAAGCCGCGAGCAUGUUUGUGAACGGAGGGGCUGAUGACCGCUAGGAGGCAGGCGCGGAUCUGUGUGUCAACGAUGGUCCAGGAGGUAUACUCUGGAUUAGGGACGGUUUUAUCGUUUUUGGAGAUAGUUGGCGCCGGGGCUGCUUCAUGACCAUCAAUCCAUCCAAGGAGGAGAUUAGCUGAAAGAGCUGUCUGGACAUUGAGAGACCAUGCCGGAUAAUUUGUUUCGCCUCUGUUUGUCUCUAUACAUUUGCUGCACGGCAAAUGCUAUUAUUAGCUCAGCGCCAUCUCUUCAAUUCACUCCCUUUUUUUCAGCCCCAUCUCUUCCGCUCUGCAUGUUUUGAUAGAGAGGGAGAGAGAAAGAUGGAUGAGAUAAGCCUCGAAGUUGAGGAUUUGAGCUGAAAAGCCGUGAUCCUGGGGUAAUUAUCAGUGAUGAUCCAAGCGCCUUUCAGUUCUGGAAGAGUUUGCGAAUCAGCGUUGGAAUCUUAGCUCUCAAUUGAUCUACAGGAGGCGGUAGAUUCAUACCAGAUGGAUAGGAAUAGCCCGAAAGUGUCAUCUGGCUCUCUCCAGAAUUCUAACGAUGAGAAUCCCCGCUUUAAGUUUUUAUGCAGCUUCGGGGGCAGUAUACUGCCUAGGCCUCAUGAUGGGAAGCUUAGGUAUGUGGGUGGUGAGACACGGAUAGUGAGUGUUACAAGGGAUAUUAGUUUCGAAGAGCUAAUGGCUAAGAUGAGGGAGCUCUUUGAAGGGGCUACUGUUUGCAAGUAUCAGCAACCUGAUGAAGAUCUUGAUGCUUUGGUCUCUGUUGUUAAUGAUGAUGAUGUGAUCAAUAUGAUGGAGGAAUAUGAUAAGCUUGGGCCAGGUGAUGGGUUAACAAAGUUAAGGAUAUUUCUUUUUACUCAUCUUGAUCAUGAUGGAUCACUGCAUUUUAGUGAUGGUGGGGAUGGAAGGGAAAAUGAAAGAAGGUAUGUAGAUGCUUUGAAUAGUUUUAGCGAUUCCCCUGAAUAUAAGAACCACGGAGAAUUUUUGUUAGAUGAUGUUCACAUCACAGAGCAGUGCUUUCACCACAUGAAUCUUGAGGGCACCCUCCAUAAUCAGAGAAACACUGAGAUGCAGGUACCUCAGAUUAACUUGCAUCAUCUCAAUAUUCCUCAUUUGGGGUUGGGACAGCAGCUGAGAUAUAAUGAGAUUGAUGCUCAGUUGAGUCCUGUCUUUUACUCCCCCAGGCAGCCUGGACAGGAACCUAGGCCUAUGACAGAUGUUGCUUCUUCACCUUCAUCUUCACGUCACUAUUUGCAAUAUGCAGAGGCUCAAGAGAAAGGCCAUGAUAGAAAUCCUGAGGAUUACUCUCGUCUUCAGGUUAAUCAUCAACUUUUUCAUGAGCAACUUCCGCAAUUUGCAGAAAAUAUGCUUUUCUUUCCAAAUGGACCUGCGCCAGCUGAGAAAGCUAGUUUCCAGGGUUGCAUACUUAAUUCACCCCAGGCACUUGAAGGAAACAUUUUCUGCGAGAAUUGCCAGAUGACUUUCCAAAGAAAUCAACCUUAUCCAGAUUCCCAUUGGAAGCGUGGGAACAGUCAAUAUGCGGAGACAAAUACAGGUAGCGGGCUUCAACUGGGUUCUAGGCCCUUUGCUGAUUCUCCACCAAACUGGGAAAUUCCCUUGAAGAGUACAGAUGCAAACAUGCAUCGUCGUUGCUCCCAUGCUCUAUCCAAUGAUUAUUAUAAUAAUGAUAGAGGAUGGGUCGUUCGGCAUCAUUCAAAUCCUCAGCCCGAGGAACCAAGGACACAUGUUCCUGGGGUUGGCAGGUUGACAGAUCAUAACAUUAUAGACAAUGGGAUCAAUAUUUCCCUGGGGCACAAUGUAUCUGAUACACGUUGGGUGCCACCAUAUUAUGUCCAUCAUGACAAUCUUCACAAUAUUCGGGCAGGGCAUGAGCUUGGUAAUCAGGUGUUUCUUGACCAAGCGGUGGACAAAGGAUCACAAAUACCUGUUCCACCAGUAGAUGAGAGUGGAGUUCGGUAUCGGAUACCUCACACACAUGAAACGGACCCUCUUUACCAAUUAUCACAUGGUCGUAUAGUUGCAAAUUCUAUGUGGAGAAAUGUUCAUGGACCAAUGCAUGGAAAUCCUACUAACGGGGCAUGUGGUCCAACCCAGCAGGCAAAUGGCACAUCUGGCCCCACAUUUGUGGGGGGAUUAGUAGAAAGUUAUCCCGAAAUGGAAACUGGGUUUGAGAAUGCAAAUCAUUCGGUUGAUUUGUCACUGAAAGAGAUGGCCUUUGAUGAGUCUUCCUUGUCUGGAUGUAUCAAGGAACAAACAUUGAGAUCGACACCAACAGCUUUCACUCAUGAAAUUCAAUCUGCUUAUACUCCUGAACUGGCUGUGUCAUCCUCUGAAAUGUUCAACCCAGUGGCACCUAUAGAUUUACUUGGGAAAGGUGAUCCUGCGCUGGUUGUUCACCAUGAGGUGGUAAGUUCAAGUAUGCCUGGAGCGAGUACAAAGUGUUCUGAUUUGGAAUUUGUAGAUAAAGCUUCAAAUGUCAUUCCCAUAGAAUUCACAAGGGCUGUGCAUACCAUUAAAGGCAAUGGUUCUUCUUUAGAAAAGGAUAAGCAGCAUGAUGAUAGUCCAGGUUUCUUACCUGACAUGAUUGCAUCUGUGCUGAAAAGUGUGAAAGACAUUGAAGCUAAGGUUCCGGAGGAUGCUCUUUCUUUCAUCGAGGAUGUGGAAACUACAGACGUAGGAAUUUUGAAUGAGUCAGAUGCAGUGGGGAGGGAUGCUCAUGGAGGAUCUGGGAUAGAUUCUGAUAAUGAUAAUCUUGAUAAUGCAAAAAUUGAACCAACAGAGGCAGAGAAAGAGGCUAUUGAAAGGGGAUUGCAGACUAUUAGAAAUGAAGAUCUCGAGGAAAUCCGUGAAUUGGGUUCAGGAACAUAUGGUGCUGUUUAUCAUGGGAAAUGGAAGGGUUCAGACGUGGCUAUAAAGAGAAUAAAAGCUAGCUGCUUUUCUGGAAGACCGUCUGAAAGGGAACGUCUGAUUGCAGAUUUCUGGAAGGAAGCAUUGAUACUAAGCACGUUGCACCAUCCAAAUGUUGUGUCAUUCUACGGUGUAGUUCGUGAUGGCCCGGAUGGGUCCUUGGCCACUCUGACGGAGUUUAUGGUAAAUGGAUCGUUGAAGCAGUUUUUACGGAAAAAAGACAGGACCAUUGAUCGUCGCAAGAGGCUCAUCAUUGCUAUGGAUACAGCAUUUGGAAUGGAGUAUUUACAUGGAAAGAAUAUUGUGCACUUUGAUCUUAAAUGUGAGAACCUUUUGGUGAAUAUGAGGGAUCCACAUCGACCAGUAUGUAAGAUUGGUGAUCUUGGCUUAUCAAAGGUGAAACAGCAAACUUUAGUUUCUGGCGGUGUUCGUGGGACUUUACCCUGGAUGGCACCUGAGCUCCUAAGUGGAAAGAGUAACAUGGUAACUGAAAAGAUAGAUGUUUAUUCUUUUGGAAUUGUCAUGUGGGAGUUGCUUACCGGCGAUGAACCUUAUGCAGAUAUGCAUUGCACUUCUAUAAUUGGAGGUAUUGUAAACAACUCCCUGCGCCCUCAAGUUCCAACGUGGUGUGAUCCUGAAUGGAAGUCCCUGAUGGAAAGUUGCUGGGCUUCUGAUCCUUCAGAAAGACCAUCUUUUUCUGAAGUUUCUCAAAAAUUGAGAAGCAUGGCUGCAGCAAUGAACGUGAAGUGAUUCUAUUUCCAAGGCCUUCGCUUUUUGAAUCAUUCCCAGCAACUAUUUUUGUCAAGUUAUUAAAUCUACAGAAGCAUUAGAGUUUGAAAGAUAUAUUUUGCGGGGUUAUGGCUUCGUGGCUUGUUCCAGGGCUACACCAACGCCUUUGAACUGCUAUGAACAUCGCUCUUCAUGGUUUGUAUAUCAGUUCCAAUGCUUUAUGAAGAGAAGUGCUUCUGCAAUUCCGAAGUACACUGACUGCAAAGUUGUCUAUAAUAGGGUUCAUGCUUUUAGACAAUGUGUUAUUGUAUUUCAUUAAAAAGACUAUACAUAG